AUGUCUAUUGGUACAGUCUAUGAUAAAGCAUAUAAAGGAGAUUUUAAUCAAGUUAAAGUGGAUAUAGAUUCUGACGAGACUUUGCUAACAACAGUAGAUUCAAAUAAUCGACUUCUCAUACAUUGGGCGGCACUGGGUGGUAAUGACUAUCUUGUAGAUUUUCUAAUCGAAAAAGGCAGCCCUAUUGAUCCUGUAGAUGAUACAUUUUGCACCCCAUUAAUCUUAGCAUCAUCAGCUGGAAGACUGGAAGUUGUUAGAUUGCUAAUUGGUAAAGGAGCUAAUGUUAAUCAUAAAAAUAAUCGUGGUCAGGCAUCCUUACAUUAUGCUUGUUCUAAGGGACAUAAAGAAAUAUCAAAAUUACUGAUUGAAUCUGAUGCAGAUGUUUCAAAUGUAGAUGUUCUGGGUGCUACUCCACUGCAUAGAGCGGCAUCACUAGGAAGAACAGAUAUUGUAGAAAUAUUGUUGAAAUCACCUAACCUGAAGUUAGAUCUUUGUGAUUCUAUGGGUUGUACAGCUUUAUAUCUAUCAUGUGAGGAAGACAGAGAAGCUGUAGCUUCCAUGCUAGUAAAGGCUGGAGCUAGUGUGCAUGUAAAAAACAAAGAAGGAAAAACGCCUUUAGAUGUUUGCUCUACUAAAUUAAAAAACAUUUUAAUAAACUUGCUAAGUUCAAAC